GAGGUGGUUUUACUGGGUCGUGGAUUAUUUUACUGUAUUUCAGUAAGCUUACACCGACUUCCGAAGAUGGAUAAGAGUCAAGCCAACAAGACGAUCCUAAGAGGCGGUUUCAACAGCUCAGCUGGUUGUCAUGAGAAAGAUAAAAAUGCCUCUUGUAGCACUGAAAUAGGUCCCAGUUACGAAGAAUGUGAGAUAAACGUGGCGGUUGUAAUUAUAGUAAUUCUUGUUAUCGUGGGUUGGUUCAUUGGAUACCUGUUCCUCCAGAAGGUGCAAGAGAAAAAAGAGGAAGGGACUAGUUCGACACCACAGAAAAGACGAAAUUUUAAAAUACCAUAAUAUGUCAAACUGAUCAACUUUUAAUAUUAGUGAUCAUUUUAGUUAUGGACUUCGUUUCACCUCGUCGAGGAUAGCACAGUAGAUAUUGUACAUUAGGAAAGGCGACAGAUUUCUUGGUUAAGGUUAUACUGUCAAGUUUUUUGGACCGCAUCUUGCACAAAGUUUCAUAGUAUUCCAAUGGUUUUGAGUUAAGUGACCAACAGAAACUUUCCUAAAGGUUAUUAAGUA